CGCUCGCACGAAGGCUACCACAGAGAAACCAACAUGGCGGAAGCAGAAGGAAGCGAGCAGACUCCAUCUAGUGGGAUUUUACAGGAGAUUUUUACGUCUCCGUUGAAUUUAAGCUUGCUCGGCCUGUGCAUUUUCCUGCUGUACAAAAUCCUCCGCGGAGACAAGCCCAUGGAGUUCGGGGAGGUAGAGAAACCGUUGCCCAAGAUGAAAAAGAGAGAUUUGACGUUAUCGGAUCUCAAGCCAUACGACGGGCUACAAAACCCAAGGAUUCUCAUGGCUGUGAACGGAAAGGUGUUUGAUGUGACAAGGGGGAAGAAGUUUUACGGGCCAGAUGGGCCGUACGGGGUGUUUGCAGGCAGAGAUGCAUCCAGGGGCCUUGCCACGUUCUGCCUGGAGAAGGAGGCUCUGAAAGAUGAACACGAUGACCUGUCGGACCUUAACAGCAUGCAGCAGGAGAGCCUCAUUGAGUGGGAGACGCAGUUCACCCAAAAGUACGACUACAUUGGCAAGCUUCUGAAGCCUGGAGAGGAACCCACCGAGUACACGGACGAUGAGGAAGUAAAGGACAAAAAGGCAGACUAGAAAAUCCAACCAGUGCACAGAGGGGGGAAGAUAAUCCAGAUGCCUUAAUUCUCCUUGAAUAAUUUGUUCUCCCACUGCCUUGUGUUCAGGGCGUUCAGAGAAAACCCUUGUGUCUUUUAUAUGUAUGUAUGUAUGUAUUGUUUCAGUUUGGACCAGCAGAUACCUGGGUUUAUAUGCUGCCCGGAUUCUAUCAUUAACUAAAAUCCAUCAGGUUUUAGGUUCAGACUGCAGUAAUGAGUUGAUUAUACUGUAUUUUCAUGUAAAGCUGUGGAGAUGUACCUGGAUUCAGGCCAGUGUUUGAUGCCCCAAGUUGGCUUGGUAACUGAAUAUGGACCCUCAGAUUGUUCUGGAGAAAUCAGGAGCUUUGUCAGCUUUUUCUCAGACCAACUGUAUUUUUUAACAAAACAUGUCAUGUAGGCUGGGACUUGUGGGUUGAUGACCAAACAAGUUUAAAAUUUGUUCAAUUGAAAGAUAAAAACCUGCCAAAACAAUUUGACUGUAAAAUGCUGAAUUUCAGAGCUGGAAAACAUCUGCCUUGCUGUGUUAAUACCACUGAUCUAUAGUAAAAACACAUUAUAUGUAUAUUAAAUAUUAAGUAUAUUACACACAGGUAUAUGAUAGAUCAGUGGCUAAUUCUGCUGAUGUACGCAUUCCUCUCUUCCAAGGUUGGAGUCGACUGGAAUCGAAUUCAGUCAUCUCAGGAAGUAGAUUCAUUCCAAAUUCAGCUAAAAGCGAAAAGUUUUUUUUUUUUUUUUUUUUUUUUUUUUUGAUCCAGUUUAUAACAAUAUUAAUGGUGAAUUGGGGGAUUUAUCAAAGCAGGGGGGUGUAAGUUGGUUGUGGUAAACUUUUACAGAGAAGGCGACAGAAUGGUGGACCUAACUUUGAUCAGCUGUUGUAAAUAUCUUUUUGAUAAUGAUAAUGGCACAAUAGUAAUCACCUGAAUAUGCAAGUAGAUAUUUACACUACUAAAUGGAUCCUCGCCCGGAGGGUUUACUUGAUAAAUACUGUACAUCUCAUUGUCUCCUGCAAUGUUUGUGAAGAAGUUCAACUCUACGCUUCCAGCUCUUUUUAAAGUCUUUGUAAACCUCAACAGUUGACUAUAACCCAUCAGAGUAUAUGGCUGUUUUUCUGAAUUGUCCCUCAUUUUCCUCGUAACAUGAGUCUCUGUGUUGAUUAUGUUCAGUUUGUAAUCCUAUGCCGAUGCUGGAAUUUUCCUGAGGACUUCCCUCGACUUUGUCAGACAUGCUAAUACUCACAUUGAUGGUGGAGCGUGUGUUACAUCCAGCUGUGGGUCUGCGUUGAUUCAUUCGUCAGAAGGCUUGUGGAGGCUUCAGCUCAGAUGGACCUUGUCGUUUGAUGCAGAUGAACGGCUUCCUUAAAAAGACUUAAAAAUGCAAAAAUGAAAACAACAUGAAGCGCUCGUUCACAUGCAUCAGGUUCGCAAUGUUCAUGACUUCUGGUUUUGAGGCUUGUCGCUGCAGAAGUUAUUUAACUAUUCAUGCGUUUCCUUCCCACUGUGUCCACCAGUCAAGAAAAGGCGACUAAGAUAGAAAGUCAAUUUGCACUUUUGAAAAGGAGAAGCAGCAGCCGUCUCUUGAUUUCUGCUUUGAAUUUCACAAGUGACUUUUCCCAGAUGCCUUCUGUGCAAGUUAGUUCUGAUAUUUUCAACACCACCCAAGGAAGUCAGUUAUAUUUUAUUUCCAUUUAGUGCAUGUUUGCCUUCUCAUGGAUUCAAAAUCCACUGUCAUAUUAAAGAAGAAUACAUUUAGUGUAAAUUAUUUGUCCCUGCCCACACUAUGAAUUAUAUUUUUCUCAAGCUUGGUGAAAGCCGAGGAGUGGUGAUAAUUUCUUCACGAUAAAUUGAGAACAAAGCCCUUUUUUUCAGUAGUGCUUUUAGUGUGAAGUGUGGCCCCAACAUGAAUGGGUUGAGAGAUGCAGUCAGGUCCAAACAAGAGAGGGUCUGAAUGAAAAGUCCAGAUGUCAGCGAAUGAAUGGACUGGAUGACAAGGAAGGGGGGUCAGGUGGGUUGUGGGAACCUUGCAGUGGCUCCACAAAGUUUUCUGCUCAAAUCAUCAAGUGAGUGGCGGUGUUGUCUUAAGGAAAGAACGAUUUUAACGAAGAAAGAAAGAUUUAUAAUAUUUGACUUUCCAGAUUUGACUUUGAAAAAAGAGAGAUCUGUGAGGGGACUUGGUGUGUGUGUUGGUACAAUUUAUGACACACACCUUGAGGUUAAAACACUGAUCAUGCCACCAUCCCCUUUUUUAAAACAGGACAAAUCAGCCACUGGCCAUGUGCACGAGAGCAGAGUCACUGAGGAGACAUUCCACUUUGACACACUUACAUAAUAUUGACUAGAAACGUCAUGAUGCUGUGAGUUAUAAUCCUGAGAAUAUUUUGAUUUAAUAAAUAAACCUACCAAAUAAAGACUUGAGUUCA